ACGUCGCCGCCAUUGCGGGUUGUUUGUGCGGGCGCGCAGCGAGCGCGGGCGGGAGGCGGUGCUGCGGCUCUGCCAUGUCCACUCCGGCGCGCCGCCGCCUGAUGCGCGACUUCAAGAGAUUGCAAGAGGACCCUCCUGUGGGUGUCAGUGGUGCACCAUCUGAGAAUAAUAUAAUGCAGUGGAAUGCAGUUAUAUUUGGGCCAGAAGGGACACCUUUCGAAGAUGGUACUUUUAAACUAGUAAUAGAAUUUUCCGAAGAAUAUCCAAAUAAGCCUCCAACUGUUAGGUUUUUAUCAAAAAUGUUCCAUCCAAAUGUGUAUGCAGAUGGCAGCAUAUGUUUAGAUAUUCUUCAGAAUCGUUGGAGUCCAACAUAUGAUGUUUCAUCUAUUUUAACUUCAAUUCAGUCUCUGCUUGAUGAACCCAAUCCAAACAGUCCAGCAAACAGUCAGGCAGCACAACUUUACCAGGAGAACAAACGUGAAUACGAGAAAAGAGUUUCAGCUAUCGUUGAACAAAGUUGGAAUGAUUCCUAACAGCUUCUGUGUUACUCUUCAUCCUCAUAAUCUUUAUGUACAAUUUAACUCUCAAUAGAAAGGCUACCAGAAGUUUCAAGUGCCACAGUUCUAUGAAUUUGCAUAAAAACUCAUUUGCAAACAAAAUUAAGCCCUCCAGUUUAGGGAAAGCUAAAAGCUUGUGUAUCUCAAUUAACGUCCUUUUUAUUGCAUGAUAAGAACUAAGUUAUUGCUACAUAAAUUUGUAAUAUAUCCUGUUUGUAUUUUUUUUCCAAGUGUAUAAUGUUGGUGUGGAGUUUUCAUGACAGAAUAUACGCAUUUUGUAAAUCUGUACUUUUUCAAACAUUGAAUGCCUUAUUUUUGAAUUCUUUAGAUUUUUAAAUUGGAGAAAAGCACUUAAAGUUUUUAUAUAUGAAUAUUUCAUGUAAAACUGUUAAAUACAUAACCUUAGUGCAAGACAUUCUGCUCUCAAUCUUAUCUUUUUCCAAGGGCUCAUUUUUUGUUCAUGCUGUUGAUACCCUGCACUUUAAAAACAGAAAAGUUAAUCCACAAUGCAAUUGUCUUCAUGGCAUGUCUUUGCUUCUGCACCUCAGCCUUGACUUGAUUCUGUGUGUCCUCAGUUGUAUGAGGAAGAGACAUUUUGGUAACUGCCAAUUACAAAUGGAGAAACAGAUGUAACUAUUUUGCUGAAAGUCUCACCUUAAACCAGCAGCAGAGUUGCAAACAUAACCAGGUUUGGUGAUAAUGUGUUCUAAUAAGUUUUAUUUUUCUGAAAUGCUGUACUUUACCAACCUGGAAAAUGUUGCCAUCUAAAUCUGUCCUAUAUUCACAGUGAUUCUGUAAUAUAGUUUUGAAUAUGUUCUAAUAAUUAAAGAGGUUUCCCAUUAGUUUCCCUUGGGGGUAGAGAAAAAGUUAAUCACCAACAGAAGAAAACACGUCUACAGAUUUAAUGGACUUACUCUUCAAAGCUCGACUGUGUACCAUGUGGUCAGGUCUCAUGUCUGUAUCACAAAAGCUCCACAUAUUCUUAAAUUGAAUUUUUAAAAAACUUUGGCUUUGUUUUUAAAGUGUUGAUGUGGUGGUUAUUUCUUACUGUGUUCUGUAAACCAGGCUAGCUGACUACAGUAAAGGAUUAAGCCAUGUUUUUCUUUCAGCAUUAAAAUUGUAAUACCUUUGCUGUAAUUCCAGCCAGCAUUACAUAUAUAUUAAACUCCUAUAUUUUGGUAUGGGA